AUGACAAAAUUUAGAGGUUGCAUAGAUAUCCAUUCGGGUCAGGUCAAGCAAAUUGUUGGUGGAACCCUAACUCAAGAUGAUACCCUAUCUUCCAUAGAAUCUACCCAGACAUUAGAGAAUUUCGUACUGACCAAACCUUCCUCAUAUUACGCCCAAUUAUACUCCAUGAACAAUCUCCAAGGAUGUCAUGUGAUAAAACUAGGCCUGAAUCCAGAGAAUGACAAAGCGGCUGAAUUGGCGUGCAAAACAUGGCCAAAAGGCCUACAAGUCGGUGGCGGAAUAAAUUUGGAAAACGCGCAAGAAUGGCUUGAUAAGGGAGCGUCCCAUAUUAUUAUUACGAGCUGGCUUUUUUCAAAAAAUGAAGAAACGGGGAAAAUGGAACUCGAUUUCGAAAAAUUGGCGAAGAUUAGUGACAAGGUAGGCAAGGGACAUUUGAUUGUGGACUUGAGUUGCAGAACGGUGAUAAAUGAAACCGGUGAAGUUGAUUGGUUCGUGGCAAUGAAUAAAUGGCAAACUAUUACGGGAAAUAAACUAAGCAAGGAGUUUUUGUUGAAAGUAAGCCUGUAUUGUGAUGAGUUGCUAAUCCAUGCAGCUGAUGUUGAAGGGUUAUGCAAAGGUAUUGAUGAGAAGUUAGUAUUGAGUUUGAGCAACUGGUGUCCUCCAAAUUUUGAAGGUAAAAUAGUCUAUGCAGGGGGUGCAAAAUCACUAGAAGACCUUCAGUUAGUCAGAGACUUGAGCAAUGGAAAAGUUGAUUUAACUUUCGGUAGUGCACUCGAUAUUUUUGGUGGAAAACUUGUCAAGUUUGACGAUUUGAUAAGAUGGAAUCAAAAAAAUAGUUAG